UACGUACAACUAAGUUUUUUGACGUUUCGUAUUUAUUGGAAACAAAUUUUCUAAAUAUUUAGAUAUUAAAAUCAUCUCACAGUUUUAAAUUAUCCGUUUAAAUAUUCAAGUAUUUUAAGAUUCAAAUCAUAGUUAAACAGUUUGACAGAAAUCUUAUAGCUAAAUUAAUUGCCUACGUGUAUUCACAAAAAUGCAAUAAAAUUAGUAUAAAGUGACAAUCAAGGCUUAGUUAUGAAUAAAAAACCUCAAAGAACUGGUCCAAGGAUUCGGAUAACGAGACCAGCGAACAGAAUUAAGAAAGAGGACUCGCUCCAGCUACUAGAUGAGAAGAAGUACAUAUACACCUGUCAGUACUGUAGAGUAAAAUUCACUCAAAAUACUCAAUACUUUCGCCAUAUGACGUCGAAUCACAGGACGCAACAGCAAGAAGCGACUUUCGAAUGCAACGAAUGCCAAAUGGUGUUCACUAAGAAGAACAACUUGGACGUCCACUGUCAGACACAUCACCAAAUAAAGAGCAAAUCUAAGUGCGAGAGUUGUGCCAUCACGUUUAAGUCGCGAUAUUGUUUACGUAGACACAUCAAGUUGAAGCAGAUCCUGGCUGAGAACUCCUGCCUCAAGUGUCAGAAGAAGUUUACGUGUAAGGACGACCUCGCCAAACAUGUGACGAACAAACAUACAAACAAGAAUGUAACCUUCGAGUGUGAAUACUGUCUACUUAAGUUCAAAGCGAAGCAGUCCCUCAUGACGCACUUGAACCGUAUACACAAGAGGUUAUGAUUGUGUUCUUAUAAAGCUCGCUAGUUUUCAUUUUACAUAAAUUUUUUACAGUUCUCAAGUUACUUUUUCCUCAAUUUAUUUCAUCACCGAGGACAAUAUUACGGUUAAUGUAUUUAAGAAUUUUUUUUUACAGUAGAAAAUGUGAGAUUUUUCUCAGUUGUAGAAUUUCGAGUGUUCUAAAAUCUCAUCCUUAAACAAUAGAAAAAAGUGCCUGAAACACAAUAUAUGUACUUUUAUAUUAAAUGUAUUAAGAAUCAACAAUCAGGGUAACAAGCGGUCAUCGUCUCGCAAAACUUUAAAUUUUAUUUAUAGCAAACCAUUAUUAUCUAUUCACAAAUUAUAAUAAAUCGAAAUUCCCUCAUAUCGUUGGUUGUGCAUUCACAUAUGUGUAUUUGAGUUUAUUUAUAAGUGAAAGGUGUAUCUUUAAAAUUCACUCUAUGUAUUACUAAAUGUUUAAAUUAAAUUAUUUUAUUUUUUUUAUAAGAAUAUCAUUUAUUUAAGAGUUUGUGAGUAAUUUUAAUUGUAAUGUUUUCAUUGCCGCAUGUCAAUAAAUAAGAUACAGACGCAUGAAA